AUGGAAAGGACGGAUCGGUAAAGAUAUAUCGUUUGAAAAGUUUCGGAACUAGAUAAUUAUCGGAAAGACUUAUUUGUUUUACGUAUUAUUACCUAUCUCAUUGUGAUAUUACGUUAAAUGUUCGUAACCAUUUAUUAUUACGAAAUAUCUGCUGAUAAUAUUGGAGAAAUAAUUAAUCAACGAAUUGGACCAUUCAACGAGAUCCUUAAUAUCAUUUAAAUAAUUUAAAUUAGCAAAAAUCUUCCUCUCGGCUGUUAUAGAAUAAAUGAAAAAAUUCCAUUACUAAAAGAUAUUCAAAGAAAUAUGGCAAAAAAAAUUGUUGGAUAUUCUCAAAAAAAGCUUGUUUCUCAAAAUGGGCAUACAAUUAAAGCAAAAAGGUUUCUUCAAUACAUUGCAAGUUUCUCAGCGUCACUAGGAGCACUAGCAGCAGGAAUGUCGGUAUCAUGGACUUCAAAUGCUGGUAUAAAUGGUGCCAAUAUAGCAAGGGUAUAUAAUAUUUCCAUUACCGGAGAAGAGUUUUCAUGGAUUGGAUCACUCACAGCACUUGGUUCUGCAGUAUCAUGUGUACCAAUCGCUAUUCUUGCAGAUAUAAUAGGCAGAAAGUAUUCUAUGCUAAUACUUGUAAUUCCUUUUACUAUUGGCUGGCUUUGUAUUAUUUUUGCAAAAUCUAUCGCUUUAUUUUACGUUGGAAGGUUCUUGACAGGUUUCAGCGGUGGAGCUUUUUGUGUGACAGGUCCUAUGUAUACUUCAGAAAUAGCUGAAAGUGAAAUUCGUGGAAGAUUAGGUCUAUAUUAUCAGUUAUUUAUCACUGUUGGUAGUUUAACGGUAAAGAUUCUAAAUUUGGGUGUAAAUAUGUUUGAAUUAUCCGUUAUAUCUGGGUUUGUACCGAUAGUCUUUGGUAUAACAUUCUUCUUCAUGCCAGAAACUCCUGUAUAUUAUUUAAUUAAAGGAAAUGAAGAUGCUGCUAGAAAAAGUUAUAUUAAAUUUAGAGGUCCUCACUAUGAUAUAGAACCAGAAUUAAGUAUGCAGAAAAGAAUAAUAGAAGAGACUAAUAAACACAAAGUAUCGUUUUUAACUUUAUUGAAAACUAAAGCUUGUAAGAAAGCCAUAUUAAUAUCGUAUGGUCUUAUGGGAUUUCAACAA